AUUUGUCAAAAAGUUGUCAAGAUUUUUCAGUUUUCAGACUUGGUGAAAAAUAAAUUUAAUAUUCUUGCUUUGGGCUGUUAUUUUAAGGCAAAUUUAAUAUAUAGUAGAAAAAUCAAAUUAUUAUGGAAUCAAUUUAAUACAAUGGACACAGAUUCAGAUAUUAAAGGUGAAAUCGAAUCAUAUUCUUCUAAGAGAUUAAGUGAAUCAAGAACUAGUGAUCUAGAUAAAAAUGCUCAAGAUGAGAAAGCAAUUGACCGUGCAAGGGCGAAGGCUGAUAAGGAAAGAAAGUUGGGCCACAGGCGGGUUGGAGAAGGUGGGGAGAUAACAUAUAAAAAAAUACAAACUUCGCAGAUAAUGGGUUCCAUUCAAUUAGGCAUACAGCAUACUGUAGGAAGCUUAGCGUCAAAACCGAAACGUGAUUUACUGAUGAUGGAUUUUUGGGAAAUCGAAUCUAUAAUAUUUCCCCCAGAAGGCUCUACUUUAACACCGGCACAUCAUUUUAGUGAAUUUAGAUUUAAAAUAUACGCUCCUAUCGCUUUUCGUUAUUUUAGAGACUUGUUUGGAAUUAGACCAGACGACUUUAUGAUGUCAAUGUGUUAUGCACCCUUGAGAGAAUUAUCAAAUCCUGGUGCUUCGGGUUCAAUAUUCUAUUUAACGAACGACGACGAGUUUAUUAUAAAAACUGUUCAACAUAAAGAAGGAGAAUUUCUUCAGAAAUUACUACCAGGUUAUUAUAUGAAUUUGAAUCAAAAUCCACGAACUCUUUUACCAAAAUUCUUUGGUUUAUAUUGUUUUCAAUGUAACUCGAAAAACGUACGGCUUGUUGUUAUGAAUAAUUUAUUGCCAUCAUCAGUUAAAAUGCAUCUAAAGUAUGAUUUAAAAGGUUCAACAUACAAAAGGAAAGCUUCGAAAAGUGAACGCAAUAAGUCAUCACCUACCUUUAAGGAUUUAGACUUUAUGGAGCACCAUCCUAAUGGCAUAUUAUUAGAGUCAGAAACUUAUAGCGCAUUAAUAAGAACUAUUCAACGUGAUUGUACAGUUUUAGAAUCAUUUAAAAUAAUGGAUUAUUCUUUACUUGUCGGUGUACAUAAUUUAGAUCUAGCUUUAAAAGAAAAACAAGAAAAACCUCAACACCAACAAUCGCAUCAACAAAAGGCACAUCAUUCACAAAGUAAAGGAAAUUUCCCAAAAUUGGAAGACGACAUUGAAGAUGCCCCAGAAGCAGAUCAAUGCAUGGCUCAAGAUGUACGUGCUCGUGCUAGAACUUUGAAUCGCAAUAAUUUCUGUUAUAGAUCAUUUAAUCGACAAAGGCUCGUAGCACAUUCUACUGCAAUGGAAAGUAUACAAGCAGAAAGCGAACCGAUUGACGAAGAAGAUGAUGUACCUCCAGGCGGAAUUCCUGCAAGAAGUGAAAAAGGAGAAAGACUGUUGCUGUUCAUCGGAAUAAUUGACAUAUUGCAAUCAUAUCGCUUAAAAAAGAAAUUAGAACACACAGUUAAAAGCAUUAUUCACGAUGGUGAAACCGUCUCAGUUUGUAGACCAUCAUUUUACGCGCAAAGAUUUCAAAAUUUUAUGGCCAAAACCGUUUUCAAAAAGAUACCAUCAUUGGAUUUGCCAGAAAUUAAAGGUACACAUAAGAAAUUUAGGACUCUUGUAUCAAGUUACAUUGCUUUAAAGCAUUCCCCAUCGAAACGAAAAAGUAUAUCAAAAAUUAUUCAAAAUCAAAGUACUACUACUACUACUGAAAAGGAUACUAAUGGUGUAGCACCAAAGCCAGCAGUUUUCAAAGCUGCACCUACAAAUCCGCCCGUUCAAGCGAGGGCGAAAAGCCAGGAAAAGUCAAGAAUUAAAGUUCCUCCUCCAGUACCGCCACGUGGUUCACCAAAACCACCAGCUGAAUCUCAUCAUGAAGCUAAAGUUCGAAUUAAGGACGCUUUUAAUUCAAAAGGCUCAUCGAAUCCAUCACAUUCAAUGAAAUCAAUUGAUAGCCAAGAUGGUGUCCAAAGUAAAUCUCCUGAUAUAAGUAAAAUAUCCUCAAAGUCAAAUGUGCAGCUUAGUCCAGCUAAUACAAGAUCUGAUCCUUUGCAAAUUCCUGAACCAAAUAGUCAGUAUAGUUUAGUUAUGUCUUCAUAUUCAUCUAAAGCUUCCAUUGAAGAUUCAACAUCUACUUGGACAGAAGGAACACCAAGUUUAACUGAAUCAAGUUCUAGUGAUUACUCUGCAAGUCAGGGUUUUAUUCAAUCAGGAAGAAAGAGCGCUGAUGACGCAUUGAAUUCUUUAACAACAGAAAUGGUAUUUGGCACAGGGAAAAGGAAAAAGAAAAUCUAAAACAUCGUGUAGAUAGUGAUUACAACUGAAACGCAGCUAAAUAUCAUUAGGUGUAUAUUAUAUUUACCAAACGAAAUUAUAUAUUAAAAAUCAUUAAAAUGUGUAUUUAAUAAUAAAAUUUAUUAUAAUAUUAUUGAAAUUUAUAAUAAUUAUAUACUUACGAAACAGGAGAUAUUAACGGUAUUUAGGUGAAUAUCUUCGCUUUGAUGAUGUUGUUUGAUCUCUCUACGAUCUCAUAAUAAAAACUUUUAAGUUUAACCAUUUAAAGUAUUGUAUUGUAAUUAAAAAGAAAAAAUAUUAUCAUAUACCAAGUUUUUUCCUAUACAUAAGUUAGUUAAGUUGUUCCAUUAUUAUUAUUACAAUUGUAUUUAACAUAAAUAUACACAUAUUAAUAUAUUACAAAAAAAAAAAAAAAAGAAAUUAUAAUAAAGCCAGUG